GUUCAUUCUUCCAAUCUCUUUGUUCUGAGUUGUUGUAAUUCACAUCUAUCUCUCUCCCAAAAAAAAAACUUUGGAAUCACAUCAAAACCAAAAACAACAAAUAAUUCAAACCUCAAAAAAUUAUAAAUAAUAAAAUAAAAAAAUAUUUUGGUGAUAUUGGGAGAGGCUGCGGCGCCAUGAGCGACCACCACCACCACCACCACCACCAUCCACGGCUGAGCAACCUCCGCACGACGGCCCAGCUUCUUAGAGAAGCCAGCACCACCUUCACCACCAACCUCGCCACCUUCCUCUUCCUCUCUCUCCUCAUCUUCUCUUUCCGUACAGUCGUCGAGAAUGGCACCCACUUCGUCACCUCCUUCAUUGAUCGUGACCCUUCUCUAAAGUCUCUCCUCUCUCGCCUCGACCUCGCCGGAAACCAACACCAGAAUAAUCGUCUUCGUUCCUCCUCAUCUGAUUCCCCCUCUCCCGCCACGCUUCGUCGACACCACCGUCGUCGACCUUUUCUUCAUCUCACUAGGGUUGGAACCCUCGACGAUGACUUCUUUUCUGGAGAUGACGACGAUGAUCGAAGCCUCUUUGGAUCUUAUCGAAAAGAUUCCGUUAAUGCUAGCAUCGUUUUGUACACCAGCUUGGGUCCGAAGAUGGGUUUCUCCGAUCUGGUUAUUGAUAAUGGGAUUAGGGUUUCGGAGGUUGUUCGGUAUGGGGUUACUUUUAGAACCGAGGAGAAAGAUGAGAAGAAGGAUCAAGACGAGGAGAAGCAAGACGGUGUAUCGUCUGGAUUGGAGAACGGUCAUCAAGAAGAAUCGGAUCGGAUUGUGGAUUUGCAGUUCUUCAUUAAGGGUUUGGAGCUCGGCCGUCGUGAUGCGGCGUUGCUGUUCUUCCUUGUGAGUUUCUUAUCUGCAGCUUAUGGGUGGGUAAUACUAGGGUUUCUGGUAACGUAUUCUUGGGUUUUGGGCAUUGUUUUCACCACUGUUGUUAAUGAUCUAUUAGGGCGAUUUAAUUCUUUUGCUGGACUAAUCUGGGAUGGGUCAAGAUUAGGGCUUAAGAGGCUAUCUGGGUUCAUUCUAAUGAGAUGGGCAGUGAGAGAUGCAUUGACUCAGCUUCUUGGUUUGUGGUAUUUUGGAGAAAUUGAAGACCAGUAUUCGUUUUUCAAGUUGUUUGUGAGGUUGAAACUGAUGCCGUUCUCUGUUAUGUCUCCGUGGAUUCGAGGUUUCGAAAAGGAGAUUUCAGGGUUUUUGUUUACUUGGUUCUUGUUGGAUACAUUUGUGGCUUUUGUGUUCGCUGUGGAUGCUUGGAUUGCCAUAGUUGAUUCGAGGAAGAGUGGAAGAGAAAUUGUUAAAGAAGGCUGUUAUUUGAUAUCCACCAUGUUUAACCAAGCUGUCCAAGUUAAAUGUUUGGAAGCUGUGUUUUGUGGCUCAUUUUUGAGGUGGGUUUUGGCUCGGGUUUGUGGCAAGUCUUUUGCCAAGCUUUUUCAGUCCACCAUGGAAGUUUACUUCAUGGUUGUUUGGCUUAUCUUUUACUUUGCGGCAAGAUGUAAAGAUGCUAAUUCUCAGGGAAGGAGGUUUGGGCGAAGGGAAAUGGAGAACUUGAUUGAUGGCCUUAGAUGAUAGUCAAUGGUAAUUGAAUGGCAUUUUUCUCUUGGAGACCAUAAAUCAGCGGGUAAACAUGCAGUGCUCCGUUCUCUUAAUUUGCAAUCCCAAGUGAUUUUGCACUGCCGUUGUUUGAGUUAUCAGUGGUCACCAACAAUGAGUUGUAUGUACUUUGUCACAAGGCAAUAUACUAUUUGUGUAUAUACCGCCUGGUAUUCAAUCCUACAUGUGUAUAUUAUGUUGCAAUCAAUUGUUUCAAACCCUACAGUACCAUGAGAAAAUCAUAUCAUUGUUGGAAAUUGGAAUUACUUGUGCUGCUGUAGCUGUGAGCCUUCAUUCUUGUAGUCAAUUGAGUUAUGCUGGACCCUUUUUUUUU